AUGACCUGUGCGGGUGUGCCUCGGCAGUAAAGCGAGAAGCGACAUUUCUGGAGGGCGUGAUUUUACGCGCUUGCCUGAUGCUGUUGCUUACAGGAGGUAGUAGGCUGCACGAUGCAUUUCACAUUCGUUGAAGUUGAGAAGGGUUCAGCACUGCGUCGGAUCUUUACUUGUCAAUAUUUGGAGUCAAUUUUUCUGCCAGAGAAAAGCUGCAAGCUACAGGAGGUGAAUCAGGGAUAAGACAACAUGAGUGACCGUUUUGACUGUGGCGAGUGCAAGGAGUCCCUGUACGGACGCAAAUACAUCCAAGUGGAGGACGUUCCCCACUGCAUCCCUUGCUAUGACCGCCUGUAUGCCAACACAUGUCAGGAGUGCAAGGAGCUCAUCGCACACAAUGCACGGGAGCUGUUCUAUGAGGACAGACAUUACCAUGAACACUGUUUCCGUUGUUUCCGCUGCGAUCGCUCCCUGGCAGACGAGCCCUUCACCAGCCAGGAGGAGGCGCUGCUGUGCAACGACUGCUACUGCAAUGAGUUCUCCUCCAAGUGUGUGGCCUGCGACAAGACCGUUAUGCCAGGCUCAAAGAAGUUGGAGUAUGAGGGCUCUGCAUGGCACGAGAACUGCUUUGUGUGCCAUGGCUGUGAGAAGCCCAUCGGUGCCCAGUCCUUCAUCCCAGACAAAGACCACUACUACUGUGUACCGUGCUACGAGGGCAGGUUCGCCCCGCGAUGCAGCCACUGCAAAAAGGCACUGGCAACAGGGGGUGUGAGCUACAAGGAUGAGACGUGGCACAAAGAGUGUUUCGUGUGCACAGGAUGCAAGAUCCCACUGGCCGGCCAGCCCUUCACCUCCCAGGGAGACACGCCCUACUGUGUCAAGUGCUUCAGCAGCAUCUACGCACAGAAGUGUGCCUCCUGUAACUCACCCAUCACAGGGUUUGGUGAGGGGAAGUAUAUUUCUUUCCAGGAUCGUCAAUGGCACCAGCCCUGCUUCAAGUGCUCCCGCUGCUCCGUCUCUCUGGUUGGGGCUGGCUUCUUCCCCGACCGUGACCAGAUCCUGUGUGGAGACUGCAACAACGACCAAGAAGACCAAUGAGAAUCACUGUCUUCGUCCUUCAACUGCACCUGACCAAUCACAAAUGUACAGUAAUAGCUAACAAGUUUGUAACACAGUGGUGUCCACUUCCAGGUUAACAUCUACAGUACAGUACAGAGAGCAUCUAAACCUCAACAUAUUAAAGCAAACACUACAUUUUAUACUACAUCACCUUAAAUAUAUUUAUAUUUUUAAAAUUAAAUCAGCAUUGCAUGUAUUCUGUUGUUAAACUGCCUUUACAACAUAAAUCACAUUGAAAUGUAUGUUGAAAUGUAUGUUUUAAGUCAGCAAACAAGUAUGAUGUAACUAAAGCUUUUCCUCUUGUAAUUUGUAAUAUAUUUUUGCACACAAAUACAUUAAAUAUUUCUUUUUCUAAGGUAUCGUACAUAUUAAUGCACCUGACCUGGGCUCUGCUGAAAUAUGGUGUUAGUGAUCUACAUAUAGUAUGAACUAAGUGCCUUAACAGCUGUAUUUUAUUGCAGCAAUAUAAAAAAAUGAUCCAAAUGUUGUCAGAGCUCAGCUUGUCAAUAAUACAUUUUUGUAUUCUUUUAUAUAAACCAAGAUUGCCUUU